AUGGCGAUGUCGGAUCUGGAGGAAGGAGGCGACAUCUACACUGUGGAGAAGCUGGUGGCUUUUAGAUACAAUGGCCAAACACCCGAAUGGCGCGUGCGUUGGCAGGGCUACGGCCCCAAAGAUGAUACGUGGGAGACCAAGAAGAACCUUCUUAUGGACAGUUCUUUCGCCUUUAAACACCAAAUGGAGCAGAUGGAGAGAAUGUACCUGGCUAGGAGGGCUCAGCAGAGCCGGGAAAGCAAGGCCGGGGGUCCCCAAGGGGCCUUGAGAAAAAGCAAAGGAAACGCUAUGGAAAGUAUCCCAGCGCAACCAGUGGCAGAGGCCCAAAGUGGAUCGGAAAGCAGCAGCAAAAGCAGCACCAGCUCGUCAGAGUUCAGUUGCUCGGAACGAAGCAGCAACAGUGAUAGUGGUGGCGACACGAGCAGCAGCAGCGGUGGAGAAUAUGCUCCUGACUCGGAGUGCCCUCCCCUUAGUCCUUUCUCCGCUUCCCGUCGCCGCAUUAAGGGGGUUCCCCGAACAAAGCCUGUGAGGCAACGGCGGCGGCGCUGCAUGGACAACUUGUUGCAGGGAGAGCACGCAAGAGGGGCCUCGUCAAGGGCAUUCGACCGGGGUCUCCCAGCAUCCCCACAGAGCAAAUUCGGCUCAGAGGGUGAGGCACAGGCAUGGGGUGGCAAAGUGGGGGCCCCCCCGUUGUACCAUCCCCGACAGAAUCUUCCAGCGGGGCCUUUCCGCGGCGUGCAUCUGAAGGGGGCCCGCGGGACCGUCCCUCUCCCAGCACAGAGAGGGGCGGGUAUUCAGGGGACGCCGCUAAGGCGUCUUCGACUGGCUGCUGCUGAUGGGGGAUCCCAGGCUGCUCCCCGUUCUGAUGGCUCAGCUGCGCCCUCGAGCUCCUGGAAGUCUUCCCCCGAGAUGGAGGCUGCGGGGACGUCUGGGGUACCCGCGGGUUUCACAGUCAAUGAACCCAGCGAUGAUGACCUAAGGCCUCCUUUUCUCUCGGGGGCCCCGCUGCCUAGUGUACGGGGUUUCGAUGACCCCACCCAGCAUAGAAUGCAGCAGUAUGCGUGGGGACCCCCAGAAGGGGGCCCUCCUGUUUCUGCUUCUCUCUUUCAAUGCCCCCCAUCCUACAGCUCACCCCCUAGUGGAGAGCCCACAGGGGAGAUCCAUGCGUGGUCUGGUACAACUCCCGAAGGCGAGCGCUUUUGGCAGGAUGGGGGUUGGGGGCCUCCGGCGGCUGGGGCUGUAGGGGGUCCCUGUGGCAGCCCUACGGAUAGUCCUUUUAGGGAUGGGCAUUCUAUAAGGCCUCCUUCUACCUGGGGAACCGACGGAGGCCUAUAUGGGCCCCUCGUCACUGGUGCAGCUGACGGCUUCCUGGGGCUCUCCGGUACAGAAGAGGGUCCCCUAGCCUCGCACGCCAAGCAAACCAUGCCUCUUGUGUGUGCCAACGCUGCAUCCUGUUACACCCCGCGAAGGGGGAAACCCACGGGAUUGCCAGAAGGAGCACCUGGUGCCCCGUUUGGACUGGUUCACUCAACAGGAAGCACACAGCUCGCCUUAGUGGGGUGUGCACUGCCUGGGGGCCCGGCAGGGACUUCAGAGGCUCCCCCGGGGCAGCAGGAUCUCGGGUGGGAAGGCCCACGGGGCCCUGCCAGUGCAUCUUUGGAUCCUUCGGUGUCUCCAGGACCGUUAGUGCACCAAAAGCAGCAGCAGCAGCAAACACGGCAGCAACAACAGACCCAGCAACAGCAACAGCAGCAGGUGCAUGUGGCUGCCUCGUCUUCUGUAAGACCCCUAGGUCUCUCGCGGGGUUUGGCAAACAAGUAUCCCUGUGAGACACUAUUUCCAGGUCGAGUGCGCAUCCUAAAGAUUGUGCGGGGAGAAGCAGCGGGAGAGGGGGGGGGCGGUGGAGUGAGGGGGGGCCUCGUUCAUUAUAUGAUUGCCGCAUCUCCUGGUGGCGCAGCGGACCCCAGCCGCACAGUAUGGGGCACAUGCUCCAUUCCAGAGGCGAGGCGCUUCUGCCCGGGGGCCCUCUGUGACUAUCUGCUGAGGAAGGCUCUGUUUAGGAAUGGAGACAAGCAAACAGCAAGGGGACCCCCGCCCGUUGCUGCUGCACCUACUGGAAGAUGCAGCGCUGUAACUAACACGAACAUUCAACCACUGGGCGCGAACCGGAAUGAUGCGGCGGCGUUACAGGACACAUGUAGGGGCCACAGCGGCGGUAGCUCUGCUCACAUGCCGCUAGUGAAGAUUUGGCCAUCUACCUCGAGUCCGAAUGGAUACGCUGGAGGUGUAUCUUCAACAAACGCCAUUCGGGGGCUGCGGGGGGGUGUCAGUGGCAGAGGGCUUUUGCCUGACUCGCCAGGUGGAAGCUACGGUGGCCUGAAUACUGACAGAAAGAGUCUUAGGAAGAGGCUAGAGGGCCAAAGUUGGGGUAAUUGCGCACAACCAGCAAUAUAUGCACACCGAAGCGAAGUGGAAGAGGGUGAGUACUGGGGUAAGAGACAGUCAUGUAGGUAUAAGUACUGGCGUGUCUGUUGGUAG